UGGUAAUAAUCAGGUACCAAAAUCUACAGGCAAUCAUUCUACACCCGUUCACAGUACCAACAACGAAAUAAUUAAGCCUCAGUACCGACAUCGGAUCGAGCAUCUCUAAAAUCCAAUCCUCCCAUAUCAAUCCAUCGGCCGUCCUGGUCCCUGCACCAUGCAGCGUAACGCUCUCUCCCGUCCUCCUGAGGAGCUGACUUGUCUGAAUUUAGAACUCCUCCGAACCCAGAUCCGGACCGUUGCAGGACCAGCUUUUUGGCCUAGGCAUGGUCCCGGAACUGCCGGUUGCGUACAUCGGGAGCCGCCAGCCAUGCCCUGCAUCUCCGCCCUCUGGGACCUUUCCUGCGCCAGUGAAGGAAUGUGUGCACUGUGCAGGCUGAACGUUCCCAAGGCUCGAAAAUCCCGGCCAAAAUGUCGGACGGAUUGACGGACUAUCAGCCCGUUGUCAGGUCAGCCUGUUAUUACUUGAUCACGACUUGUGUUGCUUGAUGCCGUAAGAAACUAAUCAUGCCCCGCUCAACCUGGAGUCUAAGACGCGUCGAUGGUAGCACGGGGAUAAGGGCUGUAGGGUAAGCCCCUGUGUCAGUUGCUUGAACAUGCGGACCAGGGAAAAAUGCCCCCGCUAACCAAAAGGCCAACAAAGAACAUCUGGUGGGAUGUUGAGGUGUUCGCUGGUCGGUUGCUGACCUUGCUGACUCUACGACACGGCUCCGUACGGACUUCUGA